AUGGACUUCUGCGUUUUCAGCGUUCUGGUGACUGGAUCCGAUCGAGGGAUCGGUCUGGGUCUGGUGAAGAGGUUUCUGGAGCUGCCUUCUCCACCCAAAUGGAUCUUUGCUACAACUCUUGAUCUGGAAGGAGAAGAAACCAAGGAGGUAAAAGAGUUGGUGUGCAGAAAUCCAAACUUGGUGUUAUUACAACUAGAUGUCACUAUUCUUGAGAGCAUCCAGGCAGUUUUAAAAGAAGUGGAAAAGUGUGUUGGAGAUGAUGGGCUGACCCUCCUUAUCAACAAUGCUGGCCGUUGGUUCUUUGAAAAUCUAGAAAAUGAGAAUGCCAAGGAUAUGCAGACUAUAUAUUCAGUCAACACCAUUGGACCACUGCAAAUGAGUCAGGCCUUUCUACCCCUGUUGAAGAAGGCAGCACAGAAAAGUCCAAGGCCAGGACUGAGCACCAGCAAAGCGGCUAUUAUCAAUAUUUCCAGUGCCCUUGGCUCAAUGGAGGUUAUGCUUAUUUGGGACAAAGUACAAGUAGUUUCAUACCGUUGCAGUAAGGCUGCUUUAAACAUGCUCACUAAGUGCCAGUCACUUGAGUAUUCAAAGAGUGGGAUUCUGGCAGUAGCCAUCCAUCCUGGCUUGGUAAAUACAACUCACAACCCCUACCCGGAAAUCACUGUGGAAGAGAGCACACAAGGCAUCGUGACUGUCCUAUCCAUGCUUUCCGAGAAGGAUAAUGGGACCUUUCUGGAUUGGUUAGGUCGUUGUGUUCCGUGGUGA